UUACAUGAGGUGGUACAGCGCUGUGUCCCAUCGGUUCAUCAUCCCUGAUGAUAGGGGGGAGGAGUUCAGUGCGGUGACUGUUAUGCGUCGGGCCGUGGACUUGUUGGAGCAGUCACUCGAGGUGCCAGAUGCUCCUGCAGAGGGCACGCAUUCCCGAUCCCUCACUGAGAGGGCGCUGGAUCUUAUUAGAUCCAAUGCCUUCAUUGGUACCCAGGGGGUAGCCUUUGCUGCUGUCCGAGGAGCUAGAGCUGCGGGAGGCAGAGGUCGUGGAGACAGAGCGCGUGGAGGCAGAGGCCGUGGAGGCAGAGCCCGUGGAGAGGGUGCUCCUGCAGAGGGUGCGCGUGGAGGCAGAGGCCGUGGAGGCAGAGCCCGUGGACCUAGAGGUCGUAGGGGGGCCGGUAGGGGUCAGGGCGAGUGAUUGACUGUAUAUUUGUAUAUUUUUUGUGUAUUUUUAUAUUAUGACAUGUGACUCUUUGUAUUAUGACUCUCUUUAUAUUAAUCAUGCUUUCUAUUUCCACUCAUUAUAUGCCGACUCUUAUAUUGAAAAAACCCGUAU